AUGGGGGCCCCGGUAACCCCGGCCUGCCUGCUGCUCCUCCUGCACCUCACAGUUGGGACGUCUGCAGAGCCGCACUAUGUGGUGGUGAGCCCAGCCGUGUUCUACCACCCGCACACGGGGACAGUGUCAGUUCAUCUCAGCGACCUCAACGAGACCGUCCGGGUGAGCGUGCGGCUGGAGAGGGGGGAUGGGCCCAGCGCUAUCACCCUGCUGGAGAGAGAGGUCCAGGAGCCCCGUCUGCACGAGAACGUGCGCUUCCAGGUUCCAGCCCCGUCCGGGGGGCAGCAGGAAGUGGCAGAGCUGUGCGUCUCGAUCCGGGGAGAUGCCCUGCAGUUCUCUGAGCGGAAGAAAGUGCUGCUGCGGGCGCUGCAGCCCAGGACCUUUGUGCAGACGGACAAGGCCGUCUACAAGCCGGGACAGACAGUGAAGUUUCGAAUCAUCAGUUUGGACAAAGACUUCGUUCCCAGUACCCGGAAGCUGCCCCUGGUGACUGUGCAGGAUCCCAGCGGCGACCGCAUCGCCCAGUGGCGAGAAGUGACUCCGCAGCAGGGCAUCGUGGAUCUGUCCCUCCUGUUGUCUGCAGAGCCGGCCCUGGGGACGUACGCCAUCGAGGCGCAGGGGACGAAGCACUCGUUCAGCGUGGAGGAAUACGUGCUGCCCAAGUUCAAAGUGACCCUGGAGCUUCCUCCCGUGGUGACGGUGCUGGAUGAGAGGAUCCUGCUGCGGGUGUGCGGCCGAUACACCUACGGGAAGCCCGUCCAGGGGAGGGUCCAGGCCAGCCUGUGUCAGGAGGAACAACCAAUUUAUUUCUGGUACCAUCUUCAUUCUGAGCGAAUCGGGGAUCUGUGCACGGAGCUUACUCGCCAGACUGACAGCAACGGCUGCUUUUCGACAGAGGUGGAGAUGGCUCCCUUCAACCUGACCCACUCCGGCUACAAGAGGAGCCUCCAGGCCAAGGCGUCUCUCGUGGAGGAGGGGACAGGGGUGGAGCUCAACGCGACCAAGAGCUGUGACAUCGUGUCUGAAAUCGCUACGGUGACCUUUGAGGACGCUGACGCUACCUACAAGGCUGGAAUCCCCUACACUGGCAAGAUGCUCCUGAAGGCGGCAGAUGGCUCUGCGCUGAAGAAUGAGAAGCUGCAGCUCUUUGUUAGCUAUGGGGAUAAGAAUAAGAACCAGACCUUCCUGACGGACGAGUCUGGCAGAGCCUCCUUCGAGCUGGACACCUCCGGCUGGACCGGGAGCAUCACUCUGAGGGGGCACUUCAAGCAGGUGGAUCACAGCUCUGUGUAUGGGAGAGUCUCUCCCAGUUACCCGGAUGCCGUUCAUUACCUGGAGCCCUUCUACUCCGAGAGCCAGAGUUUCCUGAAGAUCCGCUCGCUGGGAGGGGUGCUGCCCUGCGACCAGGCCCAGCAGCUCCAGGUGGAUUACAUCAUUGCUAGGGAGGCCCUGGGGAACAGGUCCAGGAGCCUGGAUUUCAUCUUCCUGGUCGUGGCCAAGGGAGCCAUCGCCAGGAUCCUCCACAAGGGGCUGGACCUCAGGGAGGGGGCUGGGCUGAAGGGCUCCUUCUCCGUGGAGCUGCCUGUCGGCGCUGAGCUGGCGCCUGCUGCCACGGUGCUGGGUUACACGGUGCUGCCCGAUGGCGAGAUGGCUGCCGACAGCGCCCGGCUGCACGUGGCCAAGUGCCUCUCGAACAAGGUGAAGCUGGCCUUCUCGCAGGACCGGGCCCUGCCGGGCUCAGAGCUCCAACUGCGGGUGCAGGCUGCCCCCGGGUCCCUGUGCGCCGUCCGCGCCGUGGAUCAGAGCGUGCUGCUCAUGAAGCCCGAGGCCGAGCUCAGCGUCGACACGGUCUAUAAUUUGCUCCCCUAUUUUCUCCGAGGAGACUAUCCCGACGCAGUGCGAGUGCUUGAGCCAUGUUUUAUUCCAGAGUCUUCUAUAGUUCAUCACUGCCUUGCCUUAGGUCCCAAGUAUAGUUGUUACAGAGGGAUUAGGAGCGGAACUCCCCCUCAGCCUGAUGCCUACAGCCUGUUUAAGUUUUGCCUGAGACCGAAAUCUGGGGUUGAGGGUGACGUUUUCAAGGGCUGUAAGAGCCAUGUGCAGACGCUGCCGUUCCUGCAGAGGGUUGCCAAGGAAAUGAGCAUCGAGCAGAGGGAAGGGCAAAGCCUCCAGCACCCGGAUGAGGCUUUGGAAAUUCUCACCAACACCAACACCAACACCAACACCAACACCAACACCAACACCAACACCAGGCAGCCCUGUGAAAAUGGAGUCUUCAUAGACCAGCAUAGUGACAUUGACAUUUCAUUCUCCAUAGCAGGUCUCCCUCAACCCCCCUUUGUAUCUUUUCUAGACAUGAUCCCUGGGGCAGCAAGUGUGGAUAGUGCAGCAGAGACCCCAGUGAGCAACGGCCUGCUAGCGGCAGAACCCAGUGCCCAGGCGGAGCCAGCGACACGUGCGUACUUCCCAGAGACGUGGCUGUGGGACCUGGUGCCUGUGGGCGAGGGGGGCUCCAAGGACGUCCCAGUCUCGGUGCCCGACACCGUCACGGAGUGGAAAGCUGGGAUGUUCUGCACGGCAGAGGUGGGCUUUGGGCUCUCGCCCACGGUCACCUUCACGGCCUUCAAACCCUUCUUUGUGGAGCUGGCCUUGCCGUACUCCGUGAUCCGGGGAGAGGCCUUUGCCCUAAAGGCCACCGUCUUCAACUACCUGCGGCAGUGCAUCAAGGUGCGAGUGACGCUUGCAGAGUCUGCGCAGUUCCAGGUGCAGGCGGGCGAGGACGGCGCCUACACCAGCUGCCUCUGUGCAGACGAAGGGAAAACCUUCCAGUGGGAGGUGACGGCGAGCAGCCUGGGGGAGGUGAACGUCACCGUCAGCACCGAGGCUCUGCGAACUGAGGAGCUGUGCGGCACAGAGCUGGCCGUGGUGCCGGCCCAGGGGCGAGUGGACACCGUGAUAAAGCCCCUGCUGGUCCAGCCGGGGGGGAUCCUGGAGGAGAAGGCGCACAGCUCCCUGCUCUGCCAGGAAGCGUCCGAAGAAAUCUCCUUGCAGCUGCCAGAAAACAUCCUGGCGGGGUCCGAGCGGGCCCACGUGACUGUCCUGGGAGACAUAAUGGGCACGGCUCUGCAGAACAUAGACCGUCUGCUGGCCACGCCUGAUGGCUGCGGAGAGCAGAACAUGGUCCACUUCGCUCACAACAUCUACAUCCAGCAGUACCUGGAGAAGAGCGGGCAGCUGAGCCCGGAGAUCAGAGACAAGGCCCAGGAAUUCCACCAGAGCGGCUACCAGCGCGAGCUGCUCUACAAACACAAUGACGGCUCUUACAGCAACUAUGGGAAGCGCGACGCCACGGGCAACACCUGGCUGACGGCCUUCGUUCUCAAGUCCUUUGGCCAGGCCAGACCCUACAUCUCCAUCGAUGAGAAGCACCUAGAGGACGCCCUAGGGUGGCUGCAGCGUCACCAGCUGGAGACCGGCUGCUUCCGCAGUGUGCGGAAGCUGUUGAACAACGCCCUGCAGGGCAGCGUGGAGGACAAGCUCUCUCUCUCGGCAUACAUCACAACGGUGCUGCUGGAGCUGGGGCAACCGUUCACGGACCCCAUGGUGACCAGGGCCCUCCAGUGCCUCCGGGAGUCGAGCACCAGCGACCUCUACACGCAGGCGCUGCUGGCCUACGCCUUCGGGCUGGCGGGGAGCACUGAGCUGCGGGACGCCCUUCUGCAGAGCCUGGCCCAGCACAGCGUCAGCGCCGGGGGACAGCUCUACUGGCAGAGGAAGGUGAAGGCCCUGCCCAGCCCCUAUGGGAACCAGGCCCCGUCGGCGGAGGUGGAGAUGACGGCUUACGUGCUCCUGGCCUAUCUCUCCCUGCCCAACGUGUCUGCUGCUGACAUGACGACCGCCGCCCAGAUCGUCCGCUGGCUCAGCAAGCAGCAGAGCACCUACGGGGGCUUCGACUCCACAAAGGACACGGUGGUGGCCCUGCAGGCCCUGGCCAAAUACACGGCCCUGACGUACAGCACGAGCGGGGCUGUGUCAGUGACAGCGAGCUCCCAGGCCGGGGCCCGGCAGCAAUUCCACGUGGAGAACGCCAACCGGCUGGUGCUGCAGCGAGCGGCCCUGCAGGAGAUCCCCGGGCAGUACACGGUGCGGGCCAGCGGCAAGGGCUGUGUCUUUGUGCAGCUGACUCUGCGCUACAACGUGCCGCCCCCAAAGGGCGCCGCGACCUUUGACCUGCGGGUGGAGACGGAGCCGAAGGAGUGCACCGAGAGCGCCAGAUCCCGCUUCAGCCUCGUGCUGCACGCCCGGUACAGCGGGGAGCGCCCAGCCUCCAACAUGGCCAUCAUUGAGGCCAAGCUGCCGUCCGGCUACACCCCCGUCAAGAGCUCCCUGCGGCAGCUGGAGAAGCAGCCUUUGGUGAAGAGGCUGGAGGUGCAGAAUGACCAGGUGACGCUCUAUCUGGACCAGCUUACGAAGGAGGUGGCGAGUUUCACCUUCUCCCUGGAGCAGAAUUUCCCUGUGAAGAAUCUCAGAGCAGCCCCAGUGAGACUGUACGAUUACUACGAGACGGGUGAACACACAGAGGCUGAGUACAGCGCCCCCUGCGGCUCAGCCCCUGACACCAACACGAUGGGAAAUUCCCAAUGA